AUGCCUCUCGCCGAUGACGAGCCCGUAUGCCCCAAGUUUCAACCCAACAUCUUCGACCCCUCCCGCUGCCACGACUGCCUGCGUCAAAGGCGCCUUCAUCACGACGCUGGGGACAUCACCGAAGCGGCUCCGUCCACUCUCGACGCCGUCACCGGAGCCAAACUUCUGACUAGACGGGGCAAUGGAAUGCUCUUAACGCCGAUCUCUUCUCAGGCUGAGGAAAAAGACACCAGCAGCAAGGAGGAUUCGGACCGUUUGUCGCCGGUGAGCAGCUAUUGUGAUGUCACUCGAGGUUGUCCAGGUCAUGUCGAGAGCUCUUUGCGUAUUCUGAGCCCGGAGUGUGAGCUGAAUAUCUGGGACGGAGAUGACGACGACAGCGCCGACAGCAGCCAUCUUGACCCGAGUGACUACCAGGAGCUGAGUGGCUCCGGCAGUGCCGAGGAUGAAUACCCAUCAUUGAGAAUGCCUCGACUUGAGCCGCCACCUCAUGGAAGGACCUCUCGGGCCUGGAUGGAUGAAGCUCACAUCGGGGAUAGCUUCAACAGGCGUGCAGGGUUUAAAGAAGAACGAGAGAAGCGGGAAAGCGGCUACUUCUCUCUGGGGAGGGCGGCGGGUGCCCGUGCCCCCCGUGAUAACAGCCCUCAAUUCCGUCAUUUUGAGAGAGGCCAUCCUGUCUUUAACAGUAAAGACGUUGAGCCCAAAGAUAUCAUCCCCUUCAGAAACCCCAAUCUUGGUCUGGCCUCUGAAAGGCAGGUACCCCCGAUUUUGGAUGAAGAGCUUCCUGUGGAAUUCCCUCCACCUGACCCCUACGACAUUGCCGUUGAGGUUGAAGCGCAGGUCGGCGCUCGUUCGCCCAGUCCCACUCCGUUUAAAAUAGCCGAGUCUCUGGCUUCUGUGGAACGAAAAGGUUUCAGCGGUUCUUACGGUAGAGGAAACGCUUCUUAUAAUUCUUCCUACCAACAAUCUGGCCGCUUUGAAUAUUCGAGGACAAGCUCAGCUCUGCACUCUCGCUCUUCCUCCCUGGCACGUGGAAACGCUCGAUUGAGGGUUAAUGACUUUCCUUCCGCUAACAGAGGGCAUACCGUUGAUGAUGGAGGGCGGUCUCAAGGUAGAGAGCCACGAUCGAGAGGCUCCUUGCAAGGAUCACAAGGAGGACGUGGAGACUCUGGAACUUUGCCGAGAAACUUUAAAACUUUUGCUGGUUCGGUCAAAUCCCAAUCGAGUACAGUUUCUGAUUUUCGGAGUGCCUUACGGAAAACAGAAGUGAGUGGUCGAGGUCUUGAGAGCAGGAGCUCAUCUUCUGGCAAAAUAUCACUCCACAAAACUGAAAAUAUUGUCAGUUCAUUACACAGAUUCAACAAUCAUACAAACGCUCCAUCUCGUAGACUUUCGGAGACUCGCCAUGAAAGUCGUGGGUCUUCACCCUCAAGAAGAACUUAUAGUUCAAUGGAACAAUCUGGACUUCGUAAAUCAGAAUCAAUGGCAUCGCUGAACGGAAGAAGUCAUCAUGGACGCUGCGGGUCUCCCAUAAGAGAAGGCUACGAUAUUGAAAGUCAGGCUCUCCUGCGGAAUGGACUUCAUGGGCAAGAUCUUGAAAACUCAAGCAGCUCCCCAACCCGAUAUACUUAUGACACAAUGAGUCAACCCAAAUUUAACAAGACAGGCAAUAGUAGCCAAAUCUUUGAUAGCCAUUCUGAAAAAAGAUCCUACAAAACAACUGGUCAGUAUCCACUUCGAAAAACAGCUAGCAGUACUUCGAUUAAUCGCGAAAGUCGACAUUCCUCUCCUUCAAGGAGAAGUUAUGAAAGCCGAACCCAGUCUGGAUUGCGCAAGUCUGACGUUAAAGGUUAUGGCAGUCAUAACUCUUUGCCGUCGAAGCAAAUUCACGGUACCCCUCACCAAACCUCCUUUCGUAACAAUAAACUUAGCAGUUCUCCAAAGAGAAAUAAUAACAAUAGCCGCAACUCUUCCCCGUCUAGAAAUACCACCAAUGACCCUCCAGGCUUUUCUCUCCUCAGAAAUGCCAUCGCUGGAGAACAUUCAUAUCAGGCACAAAACAAUUACAGUGAUUCCAAAUCUACCGCCGAUCGCUCUCCACGAUCAUGGCGGGGAUCGACACACUCCCUCCGCAGCUCCUCGCUAUCCCGUGCCGCUUCUCCCACCGUGCAGAAUGCAAAAAUCAACAGAAACGCUUCUGUCACCUUGCAAACUCCGAGAAGUCCAGGCGGUGCUCGGUCUAGGACAGAAAGACACGGUCUCGAAAAUCACCACGCCUCCCCUAAUGACAGAAGACCUCAUUAUGCUCGAAGAAGUCCUUCCCCUGUACCUCGGGUGAAAAUGCAAAGUCAGACCUUAUCGCAGAGCUCCAUAGAUUCUUCCGAGUCUGUGGCAUCUGCUGGAAGAAACCAGGAGGAAUAUGCCACCCUGGCUGAUCUACCCAAGGUCAAAAUGAUCCAUCCGACAGAUGAUCACAUAGAGCAACCUCAGCGCUCGAGAAGACAGGAACUCUUCAAACCAGCCAGCCACUCCCUGAGCAAGCAUCCCUCCAGAGAGUGGGAAGACAAAGAGGUUACAACCAGAGAUGGGUAUUAUGGUGGCAGUGGGUAUUUAUCUCGAGCUCACUCCUCCUUCUCGUUGCAGGUAGGUUCACAGAGGUCUUGCAGUCCUACACCAGAUGAGGGCAGUUCUUGGAAAGAUUCUUAUCACAGAUCAGCACCGAUGCAGCCCGACCUCCUAAACUUCAAGAAGGGAUGGAUGUCUAAACUGGAUGAUUGUGGAGAGUGGAAGAAGCACUGGUUUGUUUUGACUGAUGCUGGGCUGAAGUACUACAGAGACUCCAGUGCAGAAGAGAAAGAUGACUUAGAUGGCGAAAUUGAUCUGAAAUCUUGCGUCAAGGUGUCUGAGUUUGAUGUGGAGAAGAACUAUGGCUUUCAGAUACAGACACGAGAGGCAAUGAUCACUCUUUCUGCCAUGACAGCGGGAAUCAGGAGGAACUGGAUUGAGGUUUUAAAGAAAUGCAUCAGGCCCAGCACCUCACCAGACAUCACACAGUUGCCUGAUAGCAAUAGUGACAAAGAAAACUCCCACUCACGCCUACAGCUGCCUCCCCGGAGACCGUCAUCGCGGCACGCCGACGUUUCCUCUGAGGUUCCUCCCUCUCAGCGCAGGUUCGACUACGUCGAGCUGUCUCCUGUUCCUGCGUCGUCCAGCCACGCGCAGGCCAAUCAGAGAGCCGUCGGGGAGGGCCAGCAACGGCAGGAGGACAAGACUCGAGACGCCACGAGCUGUCAGUGGGAAGCUGUCCUGUCUCGGAAGAGCGCCAGCGGAGGUGUCAAUCAAAAGCUACGCACGGAGGACGAGAUCGAGAAAAAAUGGGCCGAGUUUGAACGGAUGCCUUUGAAGGAGAAACCGACAGUGGGGUCACGACCUUCCAGCCAGUCAGCCAAUGAGGCGCUGCAGAGGGAGGUGGCGUCACUGAGGCUUCAGCUUGAACAACUACAGGGUGGAGGAAGGGGAGGGGACGGAAGAGGGGUGGCGGGCGGCUGCGGUCCCGACGGUCCGUGCGGCCGCAGCCUGACCGCCAUGGACCACGCUCAUCGGCAGGCGAUGGCGGAGCUGCAGAAGCAGCACGACCGCCAGAUGGCGGAGUUAGGAACGGAGAAAAGCAGGCUGCUGCUGGAGGAGAUUCAAGAUAUGUCACGAGUAAUGGAGGCAAUCAAGAAGAAACACAAAGAGGAGCUCCAGAGAGAGGUGGAGAAGGUCAGUCGUCUAAGCAGCGGAUUGCUCGAUCCGUCGACCUUGCGCAGCCAACAACAGGAAGAGAGUCAGGCCUUGCAGAGAGAACUCGGCGGACUGUCGGAGCGCUACUCUCAGAAGUGUCUGGAGCUGAACCGAGCUCAACAGAACAAUGCUGAAAGGGAGCGGGAACUCAGUCGAAAGGAGAGAGACCUUGAGCAACUCCGCAAGGAGAACCAAAACUUAAAGGACCGUUUGGCAGAGGAGCUCAUCCGCGUACGAUGCAACAACUCCGAUCGUGGUCCAAAGGACAACAAAAAAGACACAUCUUGUGAACUAGAGGUACUUCUCAGGGUAAAAGAAAAGGAGAUCGAGUACUUACAUAAGGAGAUCAGCUGUCUAAGGAAUGAACUGCAGUUCCUUAACACGGAGAAACGUCUGGCCAGCGAGCGAUACGCCGAGGUCAAUGAGGAGCUGAGUGGAAUUAAAGGUCGGAGUGAGCGGGAGAUCCAGAGUCUCAAGGAGCACUUGAGGCUGGCCAUGGCUGCACUGCAGGAGGGUCAAAGGCUGGGGAACAGCAUGGACCACUGAGAGUUCGCUGACAAUCCCUGUUGUGAAAGGCGCGUCUUCUUGGAUGUGACUGAAUGAACACGUGAGAGAAUAUAGUCAAAGUUUGGGAGCGGACUGUGAUCGUGCCUUUUUGUUUCAAGCAUUCCGCCAAUCAGCAGCACAGAUGAGCUGUCAACUGGCUUCAUUACACUGGACCACGUAUGACCAACUGCACUUUGCCAUUUUUCCUAAAGCUUCUGCCUCUAGUGAGUGAAAGCAUGUAUGAGUGCAUUUUGUAUUAAAACUGGAAUAGUUGUCGGUAUAGUUUCAGGUAUUUUAGGUAAUUUGAUGUCAGCUUUUAACUAUGGAUGAGCCAAUAGAUCCUGAUGUGUCUGUUAGUGACUUGAGGCGGUUGAAUGACGUGAUACAGAGCUACUGUCAUCUCACUUUUUUUUUAUGCUGUACAGCUUUUUAAAAAUAUGCUUUGAAAUGAAAGCUUAGUUUUUUUUGUAUGUUAUGAACAGGAAACAUGUGCUUGGUUAUGUGACAUCUUAAACUUUAUUAUAUUUUAUUCCUUGCA